AUGUAUCUUGAGCUACAGUGUCGAUCAGCGUUAUAUCCUGAUCUAUGUGUUCAAACCCUUUUGCCAUAUGUAACCAAAACCGGACUACCAAGCUCUCAACUACUAGCUGAAAUUUCACUAGCUUCAUGUCUAUCUAAAGCGCGGUUUACCAAAGCCUAUUUGAACAUGGUAGCGAAGAAACUAAAUGAAACCGAGGUUAACUUAGGAAACAAUCAAGCGAUCGAAGAAUGUAUUCAACAAAUCAAUGAUGGAGUGAACCAGAUUACACAAUCUUUUAAGGAGUUGCAAAAAAUAGGAAAAGAUGGUGACGAAAAUUUUAUGUGGCAUGAAACCAACGUGCAAACUUGGGUCAGUGCUGCGUUGACGGAUGCAACAACGUGCAUUGAUGGGAUAUUGAUGGGUGGGAUCAGUAGCAGGAGAGAACAAGCUAUGAUCAAAGCAAGGUUGUUGAAUGUGAAGCAACUGGCUAGCAAUUCUCUUGCGAUGUUUAGCCGUUUCACUAUGCGAUAUCGUGCAUCUCGUGGCAUUAAGAAUCCCCAAAUUUUGUCAUAA